GAUCAACCUUCUUUUGCAGGGUGAGCCCUGUUUUAAAAUAGACGAUCUUUGAUCACAGCGGCUCUUGAUGGCGAACGUCUCGACCAAACGUGAAAUUUCCAGCGCUGGGAGCGAUGAGUUAUCCCGGGAAGUUAAGAGAGUGAAAUCUGACGACAAGAACGGAGAAGAGGAUGGAAAUGAACCUGAGUGGGAGAACGUUCUGUCUGCGUUCACAACAUCCAGCGUGCUGAGUGAUUCUGCCCGGGAGAAGAUAAUGUUCGUCCAUGGAAAGAUUGCUGAUAAUGAUGCUGUGGUGGUCCUGGAGAAGACCCCUAUCAGAGAGGACUUCCUGGCUGAGCUCUUCAGGGGCUCCAAGCUCAGGCUGGAGAUGAAAAAUGACAUCUACAGCUCCUAUCGCCUCCAGGCCCCCCCUCACCUCAAUGAGAUCAAGACAACAGUAGUGUGUCCUGCCACAGAGAAGCACGUGAAGAAGUACCAGCGGCAGGAGAGUUUCCUGGUGGAGGAGACGGGGGAGGACUACCGCUCCAUCACUCUGCCUUACAUCCAGGAGCAGAGCUUGAGCCUGCAGUGGGUCUACAACAUCUUGGAAAAGAAGGCAGAGGCAGACAGGAUCGUUUACGAUGAUCCAGACCCUGAGGUUGGCUUUGUCCUACUUCCUGAUUUAAAGUGGGACCAAAAACAGGUGGAUGACCUCUACCUGAUCGCUAUAGCUCGUCAGAAAGACAUCAAGAGCCUUCGAGACUUGUCCUCAGAGCAUCUCCCACUGCUGCAGAACAUCUUCCAGAGAGGAAAGGAGGCCAUCCUGCAGCGCUACGACCUUCCAGCCAGCAAGCUGAGAGUCUACCUGCACUACCAGCCUUCCUACUACCACCUUCACGUCCACUUCACCAAGCUGGGCUACGAUGCGCCGGGCUGCGGCGUGGAGCGAGCCCACCUCCUCUCAGACGUCAUCCAGAACCUGCAGGCUGACCCGCAGUUCUACAAAACCCGGACUCUGAGUUUCCCUCUGAGGGCAGACGACGGGCUGCUCGGCAGGUUCAAGGAGGCCGGGAGGCUCUGACGAAGACGCCGAUCUUCCUUCAGGUGUCAAAGGUCAUCCUCUGCUGAUGGCUCAUCAGAACCGGAUCUUCCUCUGAUUUCUGUCGUGCACACUUUGUUUGAAACUUCUUGUAGUUUAAUGCUUUUUCAUCUUAAUAAAUUUGACAUUUUUCUAG